AUGCUCUCAAAACUUCUCGCAUUGACCUUCCAAUGUAUAUUAGUAUGUCGCUCAGUACCCCCGCCAGGCGCUAGUAAAGUCUGCCGAACGCGUCUGCGAAAAACUGAAGGCUUGAUUCCAGCUUUCUUCAUCUACACUUCCAAGUUCCUUACAAUUGAAGCAUCUGUCUUUUGUCUCUCCUACAUUUACCUCCUCUUCCAUCAGCAAAAUAAUCCUUCAACUAACGCAAUACCACUCAAAACGUGGACUCCGGGUGAUGUAGUUUCCUUUCUUCUAAUCGUACUCGGUUCGGCACUUCGUAUCUAUAGCAUUAAAACCUUGGCCAACUACUUCACCUGUAAUGUCGAAGUCCAAAAAGAUCACAAACUUGUCACAAUAGGUCCUUACAAAUAUAUACGACAUCCAUCGUAUAUCGGCGCAACAUUAGUAUCUGUUGGGUUAGGUCACUUUCUUUUCCGUAUGUUGGUGGUGGUAUCUGAGGAUUGGAUACCAAAGGAGUUUAGGGUAAUUGUUUUUUGGCUCAUGAUGGGGUUUGCUACAUUGGCAAUCAUUACGUUUAAUGUAUGGAUAUUAUUUUGGAGGGUUAGACUUGAAGAAAAUACUUUGAAAGCCCAUUUUGGAAAAGAGUGGGAUAUGUAUGCGAAG